AUGAGCAGCACACGCGUCUACGUGCGACUGUACAGCGGCACAACGCAGUUCGAGACGAACGAUACGGUGCUGGAACUGCCGCCGCCGCCGCUCAAGUGGAAAGACGUCAUUGCCGCGAUGGUGGCCGCUGUAGGCAAAACGAGUGAGUACGAAGAAGCUGAGACGACGUUCAAAGUGCGGCUCUUUCUGCUGCCCACGGAAGCGACAGGUAUCGCGGCAGAGUUGAACGCUCGCUCGUUACGUUUUGGUGUCCGGGAGAACGACCGGUUUGUCAUUUGUCUGCAGGGUGAGGAUUACCAGGAGCCAAUUGAGCAACAAGUGGUUGCCAAGACGGAGGAAAUAGCUGGUGCCGAGUUUUUUUCGGCUCCUGGUCGAUCGUCAGUAAGGCCCAUGACGUUAUCCACGCCUAGCUCGACCAGCGGCAACGUCCAGCCCAGUAUCUCGCCCUAUGCUAACAACCAGACCGCAGGCCAAACAAGCAAUGCUGCUCCGCCUUCUGGCAGCAUUGGAGGGCUGUCAAAAGGUGGCAUUGGAACUGGCGCUUCACCGGGAGGUUUAGUGCUGCCAAGCGGCAAGAAGGCCAAGAACAAACGCUAUCGCAGUAUCUCGGGCAAGAUGGCAGCAAUCAAGUCGCUGGGUGACAAAGGUCUUAUUUCGAGUGAAGACCGUGGCCACUUGAAGGAUUUGCUGCUGAAUAGCGACUCGCCACAGUUGCAAGAAGCGUUGGACACGUAUAACAACACUGGUGACUUCCAGGCGGUCAAGGAUUUGCUUCUUAAAGAGAUUCAGACCCCGUCUUCGAAGCGAAACACUGGCGACUGGUUGUCUGAGAGCUUUGUGAAUGACAUUGCGCUCAACUUUGAUACGUCUUUACCGUUACAGAUGACUAAGACGGAGCUAAUGCCAGUGGAAACUAUCAACAACACUGCCCGAUAUCAUCCAGCGCCGCCGACGACGACGUUGGCCCCGCCAGCAAACACGUACGGGUAUCAUUUGACUAAUCAUUCCACGUCCAUGGGUGUGCCAAGCUACCCACAGAGCUCUUCUACGGCGAUGAACCAAUAUUCACAGUCUGGGAGCUUAGCUACUUCUACCGGCACGAACCUUCCUGUCAACAAUGGAUACAAUGUUGGGAUGUCUGUGUCAAACGGGUACGAUACGUUUGCGUCGCAGUUCUACAACCCGCCAGCGCCCGACAAUGUGUAUAGUGCACCACCGCAGAUAAACUUGCCUCUUCGGGACCGUUCUACGUACAUGAAGCGUGGUUAUGAGUCAUCGCCGGUCCAAAAUAUGACGGGCAUGACAUUGCUUACGGAUUCUUCUGCAGCCUCGUUGCACAUGGGCAUGAGCGGGUACGGGGUGCAGCAAGGCUAUGGUGUGAGCCAAUGUUCACAUCCAGGAGGGAAUGUCAUGUAUGCUGGCGACCAAUCCCAGUACAACAUGAACCCGUACAUGGUCGAUGGCGUUUACAACCAGUACCAGCAGCAGCCUCAGUAUGGGGUGCCCCGGUACGCUUACAGUAGUGUGCAGGCUGACGUAGGCUACAAUUACUACGCUGCAGGCUACGGUUAUGGCAAGGCUCAGCUUCGUGCUGGUCCGGGUGGCAAGUGGACCACUGCUCCACCGAUGCCGUCGUACCCUCCGCCGUGUUCGAAGAAGGAAAAGAAGGAGAAGAUUGCCAAGUGGUUGAAAAAGCGCGAGAGUCGCAAUUGGUCUAACAAACCUUCGUACCCUGUGCGGCACAGCAUUGCAAAGAACCGCAAGCGCGGUGAAGACGGUCGGUUUAUCACGAAAGUGCGGCUCGCUGAGAUGGCAGCGGAGGAAGCGGCAACAGCAGGAAUGAGCAGAAACAGUGUUGAGCUUCACGAAGAGUCUCCAUCGCCUUCCGUCGCUGAUGAGGCUCUUAUGUUGAUGGUGUCGUGA